AUGUUGCACUUCCGUGCAGUUAAUGCCUCAUUGUACGGCGAUGAUGAUAAUAUUAAUAUUGAUAAUAAUGAUAAUAAUAUUAAUAACUAUACAGUGCCCCUCACAACUCCACCCGCAUGGCGUCCAUUCAUUCAACUCACAAAAGAAAAGAAUCCAACAAAAACAACAGAUGAGAUAUCAACAUCAAUCUCAACAACAACAGCAGUAUAUGAGAGGAUUGUGGGAGUGGAGUUUUUGGGCUCCACGUACACUUCACUGCCCCUACACGAAACGGUAUUCAUGACUGGGAAGUCUACUAAUAAUAAUAAUAAUAAUAAUAAUAAUAAUAAUAAUAAUAAUAAUAAUAAUGGCAGAACGACGACAACAACAAUAAUAAGAGAAGAAAAAAAAGAGAAAGUAGACGAUGGAGAAGAUUGGACAUUGGUGUAUUUCUUUACACUUCUCAUUGCCUCUUGUAAUGGGAAAGAUACAUCUAUUGAGGCGGUGCGGUGUGUAUUUCGGGAUAUAGAUAGUGAAUAUCCAUCGACUGAGUCUAUACACACAUCUACACAAGCAGAGAAGAAAGAAAAAAAAGAAGAAGAAAAAGAAAAGAAGAAUCCACUAUCCCAUUCUCAACAAAAACAACAAUCUUCUUCUUUUUCUUUUUCUUCUUCACCAGAUAACAAUUUCUCUAUUGAGGGAAUGUUAGAUCGUGAACCGGAUCUCUUAUUACAACAAUUAUGGAAAAGAUUAGGGGAUAUGAAUAUAAAGGAUAUCUCUCCUUUAAAGGCUACUGGAUUACAUACACAAUCAUCCUUAUCCCAAUCUAUAUCUACAUCUAUACAAAGAAUAGAAACUUUUGCUAUUCUCGAUCGUACCCCAUUAUUUUUACAUACAGGGAUAUUAGAUAUUGUUCAGGCAAGUGUAACGACAACAUUUAUGGAAGAUACAAUAAUGAUGACUAAAUCUCUUCUUUCGACUACAGUAUAUACACAACCCAAAGAAGAGGAAAGUUCUUCUUUUUCUAUGAGAAGAAGUGAUCCGGAUGUGUUUCUCUCCUUUACCGAACGGCUGGAUAUUCAAACAGCCACUGCAGCAAUGCCGGAUUCACAUAAAAGAGAAAGACGUUCUUUUGCAAGUCUUCGUCGAUUUAUAAAUCGUUUACAAAAAAAACAACAACGUGAAAAGUCUUUGCAGAAUACAAUAAACUCAACCAUAUCCACACUAGGAGGAGAAGGAGAAAACGAAAAAGAAAGAGAAAGAGAAGAAGGAAGAAAAGGAAAUAAAUAUGUACAUACAGCUUGUAUAGAUGCCUCUAUGAGGAUAACACCUUAUCGUUAUUUUGUUUGGCUGCAUGUUGUGGGAACAGAUAUCUUUCAUGAGGCUACGGUUACUACAAAGAUUCACAUUCCACGAUCUACAGAUAAACGAAAUUUAUCAACAACAACAACUAAUUCUACUACUACUAAUCCUCUUAAUAAUAAUAAUAAUAAUAAUAAUAAUAAUAAUAAUAAUAAUAAUAAUAAUAAUAAUAAUAGUAACAACAGUAUCUUUACAAAGAUUCACAUUCCACGAUCUACAGAUAAACGAAAUUUAUCAACAACAACAACUAAUUCUACUACUACUAAUCCUCUUAAUAAUAAUAAUAAUAAUAAUAAUAAUAAUAAUAAUAAUAAUAAUAAUAAUAAUAAUAAUAAUAGUAACAGUAUCUUUACAGCUGGGAAUCCUACGCAUUUAGCCUCAACAACAUCAAGUUUAAAAUCGGCGGAAUCUACUUUAAGAAGUGAGACCAUAACAUCAUCCUCAUCAUUAUCAUCAUGGUUUACAAAAAAACGAACUAUUAUCCCAACAACAACAACAACAACAACGAUAUCUUCUUCUUCACCAAGAGGAGGAAUAACAACAGCAACAACAACAACAACAAUAACAACAACAACAGAGGAUGAAGAGUAUAAAGAGGAUCCAAGUACUAUUGUUACUCCACUGCAAGGACCAGAAGGGGAAACACAAUACAAUACAUCUAUGAGUGAGGCUUUACAUGUUAACAAGGAAAAACAUAUACCCAUCACUAUACGAAUACCCGCUAAUGCGUUUUGUCAAAUGGGAUAUUUCUUACGGCGUAAAUAUAUAAAUACAGAGAAGGAACGUAAAGGAACCGUUAAUACCACUUCGUAUUGGAUAUCUGCAUGUGAUUAUGCCCAACAAGGACUUCAGGUAAAGGAAGUCUCCUAUGUGAGAAACACUAAUAAUAAUAAUAAUAAUAAUAAUAAUAAUAAUAGUAAUAGUGGUAGUGGUAGUGUAUCCUUUGAUGGGAAGAAAACGCGAUUGGCAAAAACAAAACGUAAAGCCGGUCACUAUCUAUAUCGUCAAGAACAAGAAGAAGAAAAAGGAAAAGAAGAAAAAUGUAAAGGGAAACAUUUACCUUUAUUUCCAUUUGGAAAAGUAGAAGUACGAUCCGCCGCACAAUGGAGUUUAGCACAAUAUCAACAAUGGCAUCAUUGGGAUCCCGUCACUCAACGUCUCUCCUUCUGGGCUGCAUUUCCAACAUAUGAUAAGAUGCGAAUUGUGGCUUUUAACGGUCAUCCAGAUCAGCGUCGAUGUGAGUUUGAACGUAAUCUUCCACGUAAACGUCGUAUCUUUCCUUCUCUUUAUCAUCAAGGUGUGGAAGUGCAAACAAGAACACAUUCUGUUUCUCCUCUCGCGAUGGAUGCACUUUCAGUAGAGAGAGGCUUUGGUAUGGAUAGUAUUAAUAGUAAUAGUAAUAAUAAUACUAAUUCUACUACUAAUACUAUUAAUACUACUAAUACUAUUAAUAAUAUUAAUACUAUGAAUAGUAACAGUAAUGAUGGCAAUAGUACAUUUACGCAUGAUGGUUGUUGUUGUUGUGGGACUCCAUUGUGUGAACCGUGGGGAGCCGCCUGCAGUUCUGCGAUUUCACGACUACACAUGAAUCUCAUUCCUAUUCAAUAUGAAGAUGGAGUGCAGGAUUCUAUUUUAUGUGAACAGUUUUUCCUUUCUCAACCCGCCUUUAUCACAACAAAUACAACUAAUACUAAUAAUAAUAAUAAUAAUAAUAAUACUACUAAACCCAUUACGCAAGUGUGUGAGUUUGGAUUGGAGGGGAUUGGACAGAGUAGUAGUGAUGAAAAGAAUGAACAUCAUAUUCACAAACAAAAAGAAGAGGAGGAAGAAGAGGAAAAAGAAGAAGAGGAAAAAGAAUCUGAAUUGAUAACUGGGAAUGAUAAUAAUAACUCCAAUAAAAGAAGUGGACAAGUGUUAUUUAAACUCCCAGAUGCCUUAAAGACACAUCCUCCUCCUCCUCCUUCUUCUUCUUCAAUGAUGAUGAUAAUGGGACCUCCUGCUAUUCUUUGCAGUAUUACGGCUCUUCGUAAUUACGUGGAUGCUCUUCAAAUCACAAUACCACUUACAAAAGAGGAACGUCAAUACAUUACAUAUGACUCACGGGUGUGUUUUCUCUCAAUGAAUGGAAUGAUUGCAAUUUAUUUACCGGGUGUUUGUAUUCAUUAUAUAGAUAUCCAUCAUAAGGAUUCACCACCACGUUAUUUAUUUGGUGUACGUCUCUUUCAUCCCGCAUCUACAUUAUUAUCAACAACAACAACAAUGAAAAGAUCUCUCAUGGGAAAAAGAAUACAAACUACGAAUACUAAUAUUACUAAUACUAAUAUUACUAUUACUACUACACCAUUGGUAUCUCUUCUUCCUAUACCAUUGGGUCAUUGGUUGUAUAUACCAGGAACAGUUAUGUUGUUUGAGGCCUCUCUUAACUCUAUCUCUAUAUGGAGAUUUGUGCAGCGAUGGUUAACACGACGACGAUCUUGCCGUAUACAAGCCUCUGGUAUUCCUUCUUCUUCUUCUUUGGCAACGAUGCUGAAUGGAAUGAAUACAAUGAAUAACACACAAACUAUUUCUUCAGAAGAAUCCUUUCCAUUACGUGAGACAUCCCCACAUCCACAUUUCACAUCUACAGAGGCGGAAGACUAUCAUGAGAGUUCUUCUAUACAUCCAACGGUGUUAGCGGCUGUAUUGGAUCCCACUCCACUUCAUCAUGCCUUGCAUGUGGCUCUUACACAUUUACAACCAUUAAGAAGAAAAGGAGGAAGAGAAGAAGGAAGAGAACUAUGUGAUGAUGGUAGUGAUCCUAAUAGGGAAAUGAAAAAGCUAAAGAAUGAUUUACAAGGAAAUGAAUCUAUUUCAUCAUGUUCAUCCUUUUAUUGGAAGUGGGAAAAUAUAUGGGCAAUGCGGGAUAAACAAUUAGAAAAGAUGUUUCGUCAAUUUAUUACCGUAGGGGAUAUAUGGGAAGAUAUUUCUAUAGAGUUUAUUUCAACCGUUAUUAUUAGUGAGGCUUAUGCACGUACACGAGCCGCAUGUUCUUGGCGACCUCCACAGAAAUGUAAAGAUACAGUCACUACUACUACUACUAGUAAUAAUAAUAAUAAUAAUAAUAAUAAUAAUAAUAAUAAUAAUAAUAAUAAUAAUGACAGUAAACACACCUCUAUGAAUACCACUAAGAGUAGUAGUCAUUCUACCUGUGUAGAUGAUAUCAUGUCAUGUAAUCCUUAUUAUGUGUGUUUACCAAUGUGGAAUAUAGAUGGAAUGGCAGCAGAGGAAUCUCAUUAUCGUCGGGAAGUAACAAGUUUCUACCGCUCUUGGCGUCAAUAUCAACAACAACAACAACGAGAAUAUCAACAACAACAAUCUAAAUGGGAAGAGAAUGAAGGAUUGGCAUCUACAACGACAAUGUAUUUACAAAGAAACUCAUCCGUUAGUAAUAGUAAUCAUCAUCAUCAUCGUCAUCGUCGUUGUGGUCUUAACAGUACAUUUCCACCCACACGUUCCAAGUCUCCCAUGAUUGAUAUUACUUCUCUACAAACAACAACAACAAAAACAAAAACAAAAACAACAACAACUGCAGAUAUUUCUCUACCAGGAUCAGAGUCAAACUUUAUGUUCACACGUCAUUCAGAAUUACCAAAAAACAACACAACCAUUAUAUUAGAAGAUCGAGCCACUUCUGUAUGUCUACGACCCUCAUUAUCAUCAUCAUCAGAACAAUAUCAACAACAACAACGAUCUACUACACAUCAAAGACGACAAAGUGAAAGUGAACGAAAAUCCACUCUUCUCUCUGCACUUCUUAUACAUACAGUGAGUUUACGAGAUGGGAGUUGGUCUAAACAACAGUGCCAUAAUACUGUGCCGGAGUGGUGGCUUUCUCGCCGUGUUUCCCCGUGUCCACUUCCACCGCAAUUCUUACCACCGCCGCACACACAAUUAUUAUUUACAUCUAGACAUGCAAUAGAUGCAGUAACCGCAGCAGCAACAACAGGGAUAAUAUCAUCAUCAUCAUUAUCUUCAUUAUCUUCAUCAUCUUCUUCAGGGAGUAAAAAAGGGAUAUCAUUAUUUAGUCGUUUAAAGGCUAUGUUUUCCAAUACCAGUACGAAUACAAAUAUUAUGAGUUAUGGUAAGAGUAAAUGUAAUGUAAAUAGUAAGAGUGGGGCGGCAAGUUCAUUGUUUUUAUCUUCUUCCUCUUCAUCUUUAUCUUCUACAGUAUCAUCAAUGACACCGGUGUCGCGUAUGUCACUUCCAAUAAUGGAAAUCACUUCAACUUCAAAUGAGGAUUGGAUGGCUAACAAUAUAAUGGAUAUUCAAGAUAAUUAUACUACUACUACUACUACUACUACUACUAAUAAUAAUAAUAACAAUAAUAAUAGUGCCGUAAAUAACGGUAUGUUCGUUAACAGUUCAAGAAUAAAUAGUACUACAAUGUCUAAUAAGAAUAUGACCUCUACUUUUGUUGCUGGAGAUAUAAACCAUCCCUUUGAGGAAGAAGAAGAAGAAGAGAAAAAGAAAAAGAAGAAGAGCAAUAUCAACAGUCGUCAUUUCUCAUCUAAAGAUUCAUCAUUACCAGAAACUACACCUGUGUUAUUAUAUAAUGGUUUAUCCUGUGGAACUGCCUUUGCAGAAGCGGUUCUACACAAAUUACAGUCUACCGCAUGUCCAUCAUCUUCAUCUACUAAUACUAAUACUACUACUAAUACUUCUCUGCGUUUCCCACCGACUGGAUCUCCAGAACGAGAGAAUAAACAUCUACACAAAAUGUCUAAUGUUGGUGGUUCUCCUUAUGCAGAUUCAUGGAUUACAUCAUCACAUGCCUUAACGACAUCCUCUACAUAUUCAUUUGCCUCAUGGGCAGUGGCGUAUGCAAUCUCUUCUACAGGCAUUACGGCACGAUUGGCACCAUUAGCCCUUUUGUAUGAUGCCGCUAUCGCCUCCGUAAUCCACACACUUGUUCAUAUUAUUAGGAAUGAUUCUUCUUUUCCUGUGGAAUCGGCAACGGAUGAUAUUGCCUCUCUUCUUCCUUCUCAUGAGAAGAAGAAGAAGGAGGAGGAGAAAACUUCAGAGUUUCAACCGAACUUAUCAGAGAAAGAAGAAAAAGAAAAAGAAGAAGGAGAGAAAUCAACAUCUAUACCUACAACAAGAGUGAAUAAAGUAUGGGAUUCACCAUCCCCAGCACGAUGGAGUUUACUGCAGAAACUCUCACUCGCAUUAGAGCGUCUUGGUAUUCCACCCUCCUCUGAACUCUUACGGAGUGUGGCCUGUGAAAGUGUUCAAUCACUGCCAACACGUCUACUGGCCGCUGGAAUGCAGUGUGGGGCCAUUAACGGAGCUGAUCUCUUAUUACUUCUCCAACAACAUUCAACACUGGCAACACAUAUAUAUACAAACAUUGAACCCUUUAUACCUCUACAGCAACAGCAACAGCAACAACAGCAAAAAGAGUAUAUAGAGAGAUUAAGGAUUUCUGCGGCAGAGAGAGUGUAUGAUAUAAUGAGUCCAAUGGGAGAGCAAAGGAUGAUAGAUACUACUAGAGAAUUAGUGUCGCCAUGGGGUUUCGUCCAAUGUAAUACUACUAAGCAUAAUAAUAAUAAUAAUAAUAAUAAUAAUAAUAAUCAUUAUACGCGAAGUGGGUACACGGAUGCAAGUUCUCCCAUUCUUUCACUUGAAGCGACGAACUAUCCAGCAUGCCAGGAACGUAUGUUGUUAUGUGAACUCGUCAUGAACGCUUCCUCUUUUUCGCAGAAUGAAAUCCAAAACGCUAUCAUUGCCAAUACGAAUAAUACUACUGCUAAUACUAUUAAUAAUAGUACUAAUAAUAAUAAUAAUAAUAAUAAUAAUAAUAAUAAUAAUAAUAAUAAUAAUAAUAGUAAUGUAGUUGUUUUUGGUUCUCCCUCAUUAGUACGGGAUACCAAGCGACACAUCUUGGCCGCAUUGGAUCCAGGACCAUUCCUACAAACUGGUAAUGAGUGGAUUAUUCCUCUUGAUACGGAUUUUGCAUCUCUCUUUCCACCUUUUCGAAUGUGGUGGGAAAAGAAACAAAAGAAUAAACAGUUUAAUUCAAUGUUAACAAUAACAACAGGAUCAGGAUCAGGAGGAGGAGUACUCUCUGGGAGGAGUAGAAGUCAAACCUCUGAAGUCCAACAUCAAACCACCUCUACACUAUUGGGGGACUUAUCUCCCCUGUUAACGAUGUUAACACUGAAACCUGAACAAAAUGCACCUAUUCAUUCCCUCUCUUCCUCUUUAACAGAAGUCAAAAAGAAGGAAGAUGUGGAAAAGGAGAAGGAGAAGGAGAAGCUACUAGUUAAAGAUUCAGAGAAUAACUCUGAAUUGUCUGGAGUCUUUAUACCAAAAGAGUGCCUCACCAGUGAUAACGUUAGAUGUACACAAGAAGAAGAAGAAAAAGAAAAAGAAGAAAAAGGAGGAGGAACAACAGCUAUGAUACCAUUUGUACCGAUCUUACUUGCUACAACAUCAUUAGGUCAUACGGUUGCGAAGGAAAGAGCCAAAGCAGCCAUGUCAGUAUCGUUGGAUCCUUUUUUCAUGAAUGAUUGA